UGUGUAUUACGAGUUUGAUGAAAUGUUUUUAACCCGUCAUUCUAAUCUACAGAUCGACCAUCCUCCUAAUUCUCCUAAUGUGACAGUUGUUGUACAUCAUUUUCUUGGCGACGGAACUGGACGAGUUCAUUUGCGAAAAAAUCAGACGAUUUAUGUGGAAGUCGUCGAGUCAGAGACAAAUGAAACUACGGCCCCAUGUAGCUUUAAAAUUGACCAGGAUGCGGAAAUUGUGUUCCCGUCCAAAGUACAUAUAUACGGAACACGUUCAGAAAUAGACGGUAGAAUUACAGGCGUUCACGAUCUUGCUGUUGCACUUGGUGGUGUCAUUGAGUUUUCAUCCACAGCACAGACAGCAAUAGUUGAAAAUAGAGAAUAUUUGAGAAUUGAUAAAAAUGGCAAUUUCUCGUUUGGCUCCGUUCUUGUAAAACGUGGUUCAAAAAUUGUGUUCAAAAAAAUUAAUGACACGUUGAUACUUAACAGUGGGUUAUUUAGAGUGAAGUAUGGAGGCUUGAUGAUAUUAAAUCACGGAAUUAUACGAAGUUCGUUCGCUUGGGUGGAAAGCGAGGGUGUUUUGCUGCUUGAUGGCACUGGAUUUACAGGAGAACAAGGUCCAGGAAAAGGUAUCACUAGGAAUGGUAUUGGUGGAGGGGCAGGUCAUGGUGGUGAGGGUGCUGGUUCGAACGGAGGGUUGCCUUAUGACUCUGUAUAUUCACCUCAUGUUCUAGGUAGUGGCGGCGGUAAUGGUCAAGGUGUUGGUGGUGCAGGUGGGGGUAGCCUGUUGUGGGAGGUAGGAAAAUUCUUGCAAAUAAAUGGUCGGUUGUCUGCUAAUGGCGUAAAUGGUACCGGCGUUAACGCUGGUGGUGGUAGCGGAGGAAGUAUCCUAAUUAAGACCACAAACAUGUCAGGACAUGGUGAGCUUGCAGUAGCUGGGGGGGAAGGCAUGGGAAGUGGAGGGGCAGGAGCAGGUGGACGUGUAGGAAUACACUGUAGAUGGAGGUAUAAAUACGGAGGGAAAUUAACAGAUCACGGAGGACACAGUACAGUCGGUGCCCCAGCAGGAACUAUUUACAUCGAGGAAAACUUCCGACCUUUACAAUAUCGCCACUUGAAGUAUUUAAAGACCACGAACACCAGCGUACUUGCAGUUGAUCACACGUACUUGCACGUAGACAAUGAAGGCUAUGACGUGAACGGAGCAACGAUGAUUAUGGAAGAAGAUACUACAGUGUAUGAAUUUGAUGAAAUGGAACUGACAGGCCAUAGUAGAUUGCUAGUUUAUCAUCCCAAUAGUUCUGUAGUUAAUGUGACUGUUCAUAGGUUUAUUGGUGAUAAAUCUGGUCAGUUCCAUAUCCAAGACAAACAGAGAAUCUUUGUUGAAGUAGUUGAGUCUGUGAGUUCCAAAACGGAAGCUCCUUGCAGCUAUAAGAUCGAUAUUGGUGGAGAGAUAAUUCUUCCUGCAGAAUUUCAUGUUCAUGGCACUCGGACUGUUAUUGAAGGCCGCAUAACUGGCGUACAUCGAUUGUAUGUCUCUGACGGUGCUACAAUUGACUUUAAUUCCACCACUCAAACUGCUUUGAUUGAGAAUUCUACGUAUGUGUUUGUGUCUGAGCCAGGAAAUUUAUCUUUUUCUGAAGUAGUUGUAAAGCAGAACGGUGAUGUUGAGUUUCGACGUAAUACCGACUUUCUCCGAUUGAAUUGCGACAUACUUACGGUGAAAUACGAAGGAAAGUUAUAUAUUAAUCAUGGGGAGAUAUUCACGUCUUUUGGCACGCUUGAUAGCAAAGGAAUAAUAGAUAUUGAAGGUGUUGGGUUUUCUGCGGAGAAAGGACCAGGGGCAGGAGGAAGUAGCGUUGGCAUUGGUAGUGGAGCUGGCUAUGGUGGCCAAGGUGGACGUAAUGGUGGAGCGGCGUAUGGCUCAGUCUAUACACCCAUGCAUUUAGGAAGUGGAGGGGGAAAUGGCCAUGGCACUGGGGGGUCUGGAGGAGGUUACCUUAUCUGGAAGAUCAGUAAAUAUCUGGAACUGAAUGGUCUGCUUAAAGCCAAUGGUAUGGAUGGAAAAGGUUCCAAUGCUGGUGGUGGUAGCGGUGGGAGCAUUUUCAUUGAAUCAACAAAUAUGACUGGACAUGGCGAGAUAUCCGUUUUGGGAGGUCGAGGUCAAGGUCAAGGGGGUGGUGGAGCUGGAGGAAGAGUAGGAAUUCAUUGUCGUUGGAGAUACUCUUAUGGUGGUAAGUUUUCUGAUCAUGGUGGACAAUCUGACGCACGGACUGGUGCACCUGCUGGAACUAUUUAUCUAGAAGAGAACAUGAGACCUUUACAAUACCGUGAACUCAAAUACAGCAAGAUUAGAAAUACAACAUACUUGGCUGUUGAUCAUACAUAUGUUCAUAUUGAUAACGCUGGUUAUGAUGUAGAAGAAGCUACUGUUUUGAUGGAGAAAAACACAUUACAUUAUGAGUUUGACGAAGUUGAAUUGACCGGCUAUUCCAGAUUGCUUGUGUAUCAUCCGAAUGACGCUGUCAAUGUAACUGUUGUCGCCCACAGAUUCAUCGGAGAUGGUACAGGACAGUUCCACAUAAGACGAAAUCAAAAGAUUUAUGUUGAAUAUAUCGAAUCACAAAACAACCGAACUGAAGCACCAUGCAGCUAUCGGAUUGACCAGUUUGCUGAACUUAUUCUUCCAUACGAGUUUCAUGUGCAUGGUAUUCGCACAGAAAUUCAUGGCCUUAUGACAGGUGUUCGUCAUUUCUUUGUAGAAGAUAAGGGGUACGUCCGAAUUUCGUCAACAGCGCAAACCGCUAUACUUGAGAACCGUACAUAUAUUGAUGUUACAGACCCCGGAAACACAUCAAUUUCCAACAUUGUUGUUAAACGAGGUGGCAUUCUUGAUAUUUUACGUCAAGAUGACGUCAUAAUUCAAGUAACCUCAAGUCUAUUUGAGAUAAAAUAUGAGGGCAAAGUGCUCAUGAAUCAUGGUGUCUUGCAAACGUCCAUUGGGGACUUGGAAUCUAAGGGAGAGUUAGUUUUAGAUGGACGAGGAUGGAGAUCUGGUGCUGGAAUCGGGAAAGGCUUCCGGCAUGGACUUUACGGAACUGGUGCAGGUCAUGGUGGGCGUGGUGGUCGAAAUUCGGGCAAUCAGGGUCAGUCGUAUGAUUCAGUUUACAAACCUCUGAUGCCAGGAAGUGGUGGAGGUUAUGGGCAAUAUGGAGCUGGUGGACAAGGUGGUGGCAGCCUCAGGUUCCAAGCAAAGGAUCAUUUACACCUGGAUGGUUUGAUUACAGCUCAAGGGAAGGCUGGACAAUCACAGUCAGGAGGAGGAAGCGGUGGGAGUGUUCUUGUUGAGGCCUUGAAUAUGAGUGGACAUGGUGAAAUUAAUGUCAAUGGUGGGGAAGGGGUUUCAGGGGGCGGUAGUGGAUCUGGCGGUCGAAUUGGAAUACAUGUGGACUUCAGUAACAAAUAUGGCGGAACCUACAAGGCUGUUGGAGGACGAGCGAGCUCGGCAAGUCUUGUUGGAGGUGCGGGUACUGUGUAUAAAUAUGAAAGCAAUCGUGGUCCACAAUAUCGUGAAAUUAAAUACCAUCAUGGUGAAAACAUUACAGGCUUCAAACCACAGCACUCGAAGUUAAAAAUAGACAACGAGGGAAGAAAUACUGAUUCACCGGCGGUUGUUAUGGAAAAUAACACGUUAUUUUACGAAUUUGAUGAAAUUCAGGUGGAAGGAAGGUCUCAUGUAGUUUUCUAUCAUCCAGCAGGAGCACGGAAUGUCACAGUGGUUGGACAUGAAGUGACUGGGGAUAAAACUGGUAUUAUAAAAAUGACAUCGCGACAAAGAUUAUUUGUAUUUAUCGUUGAAAGUACUCAUACAUACUUAGAUGUCCCCUGUGGAUUCUACAUCAGUGAUUUUGCGGAAAUUGUAUUUCCAACUGAAGUAAUACUUCGUGGUGAGACUACUACUCUUCGUGGCCGUAUGACUGGUGUUGAAAGACUUGUAAUAGAAAGAAAUGGAAAUAUUCAAAUCAGUGGAACCGCUCAUACGGCUAAACUUCCCGAGCAUGCGCAGUGGUAUAAUGAUCGACCAUUCGAUCCAUUUAUUCCCGGACAACAUGUCAUUCCUGAGCUGGUUGUUGCAAACGCUGGUAUUCUUACUGUUGCAUUGAACCCGUAUGGCGCUAAACUCAUUGCGUCAGAUGUCGUUAUCAAGAAAGGUGGAGUUUUCAAAGUCAACACACGUGAAAUGUUUUUUGUUCUGGACCGCGUUGUAAUUGAGAGUGGCGGGAGACUGGAUGGAAACGGUGGUGGAUACCCUAACAAUCAAGGUCCUGGUUCCGGCUCUGGAUCUCAAGGAGGAAGUUAUGCUUCGCUUGGCGGAAAUGCCGCCUCUAAAAAAUAUUAUGGAUCUUUAUAUGCACCACGUUAUCCAGGGAGCGGAGGUGGUACUGGUGCUGGUGGUUCGUGGAUAAAUAUGACAGCUGGUGGAUAUGUGAAGGUAGAUGGUACAUUCAGGGUUGAUGGUAUUUCAGGAUCUGGUGCAGGGAGUGGAGGAAGUUUAAUGAUUGCUACGCCGUUCUUGAUUGGUUAUGGAUUAAUUUCGAGUCAUGGAGGAUUUUCUCAUCAAGGAGGUGGGUCAGGUGGUCGAAUUGGUAUUUAUCUUUCUCAACCACUUGAUUUCCGAGGUAGUAUUGCGGCGUUUGGUGGAAGCGGAUCACCUUCUGGGGGACCCGGGACAAUUUACGUUGAAAUUGACAAUGGAACUUCAGUGCAAAGGUUUUUGACAAUAGAUGGAAGUAAUAGAGGGGAAGCCACUGGACUGAAGUUAUUCUUAGACGAACCCGGCGGAUUUUAUCAUGUAUUUGAUGGGAUCGAACUGAAGAGAAAGGCGUUUAUAUCUUUGCAACAGGUUUCUAACCGCGUACCUGAAGUCAAAGUCCGUCGCUUCACCGGUGAUGGAACAGGAAUACUUGAAGUCAUUUCUGGCACACGUUUCUAUACACACGAAGAUAUUGUACGCGUGCGUACUCAGGUAAAUUACGUCAUCAGGAAAGGAGGUGAGCUUAUUCUGCCCGAGAUAACCGAAAUUGCUGCACAACGUCAACCAAGUUUAGAAAUACAUGGCAGUGUCUACGGAAUUAGGGAACUGCGAGUAUACGCUUCAAGUAAAGCACAGUUAUUUUCAAGUGGUCAUUCUGGAUGCUUCAAAUGUGCAAGUAAAUACACCAGAAGUGGAAAUGACCGAAAGUAUUGGAUUCAGACGAUAACUGUCAAGGCUGGUGGAAAAUUUGAAAUUAUAUCUGCUGUAAGGAAUGUUGAGAGCGCUGUUCAAGUGCACACAGGAGCUUUUUGUGUAGAAUAUAAUGGGCUGGUGACUAGCGACGCAGUUGAAAUAUUCUCAAAAUAUCUUAAAGUCGAUCAUGAUUCAAGAUUUGAUAGUUCUGGCAAAGCAUCAUCAAGUGGUCAAGGCACUGGUGGUAGUUGUGGUGGUGCUACUGGGGGCGCAGGGCAUGGUGGGAACGGAGGGAGAGGAUAUAGUUGUAGUUGUGGUUGGAAUCGUUAUACUUCAGGUGGUUCGAAAUAUGGUACAGUGUGUAGCCCAGUGCUAUCUGGAAGCAGUGAUGGCAGUGGUGGUAGUAAAGGUGGUGGUGUCAUUCGUCUGUUAAGCAGCCGUCUGGUGGAUCUUGAGGGACUAUUAGUAUCUAAUGGAGUCAACGGAGUUUCCAGAGGUGGUGGUAGUGGGGGAAGUGUAUGGUUAGACGGCGAAGCGAUUGAUGGUCAUGGAUCAAUAAGUGUAGCAGGUGGUAGUGGUGGCUACACAUACCGUAGUUAUUCAUGUAAUUAUUACCAUGGUGGUGGAGCAGGAGGUUAUAUUCGAACUCAGUCUCCAAGGUAUAUAAACAGAGCAGUAUUGCUAAAUUUGGGAGCCACAACAGCUGUUAGAGGUGGGAGUGCACAUGGCAAUGGGGCUUUACCUGGUGAAAAUGGACAGAUUUGUUUAUCUGGUAACGAAUGUAAUGGACAUGGGGUAUGGUCAAAUAGUGAGAAAAAGUGCAAUUGUAAUCAAAAUUAUUAUGGCGUGAGUUGUUUGUAUUACUGUGAUCCAAAUCUUACAUGCUUGGGUAAUGGACAGUGUACAGCGUCAGGAGGGUGCAAGUGUAAGAAUGGAUAUGUAGGAUAUCGAUGUGAGCAUCUCUGUGAUCCCCAACGCGAUUGCAGUGGUAAUGGUAUUUGUGAUAUAUUAGGCAAGUGCGUAUGUGAUCCCUGCUUUAGCGGAGGAAAAUGUCAGUACUUGUGCUCGGGGAAAGGAACGUGUAAAAAUGGUUUAUGUAAGUGUGAUAACUGUUAUUCAGGAAUGUAUUGUGAAAGCGAGUGCAGUGAACGUGGACAAUGUCGUAAUGAAACUUGUAUAUGUGAAAAGUAUUGGCAAGGGACACAUUGUCAACGUGGGGGGUGCCCUGGUACACCAGCGUGUUCGGGAAACGGUUUGUGUAACAGUGCUUUACAAAAGUGUUAUUGUAAUCCAGGAUGGUCUGGUAUCGAUUGUGGUCAGAUUGAUUGUCCUGGAGAACCUAAUUGUAACUCACGUGGCAUAUGUGUCCCGUAUAUUGAGGGAAGUAAAUGCGUAAACUGCUCUCAAGGAUGGAUGGGUCCUGCUUGUGAUGAUCCAUGUACGCAUGGAGUACAGUCUCCAAUGAACAGCGGUAUAUGUGAUUGUGAUCCGUGUUACGGAGGAAAGGGCUGCACAAGUUUAUGUUUGGAACGAGGAAUCUGCCAAUCGAAUACAACAUGUUUUUGUGACCCAGAUGUCGGAUGGCGUGGGGCUGUCUGUGAAAUUCCAGGAUGUCCAGGGAUAGAGAAGGAUUGCAGCGGUCACGGAGAAUGUAACGCAGCACGUCACCAUUGUUCAUGUUACGAAGGAUGGACUGGUAAAGCAUGUGAUAUCCCAGAUUGCCCUGGUGCACCAAACUGCUUUGAUCGUGGUUAUUGCAAUUCUUCACUCGACGUUCCUCGUUGUCAAAACUGUUCUCGAGGUUAUAUGGGACCAGCGUGUGAUGAUCCCUGCACAUUUGGUGUGCAGAUACCCAUGGACAGCGGUAACUGUGAUUGUUUUCCUGGGUAUAGUGGUGUAGGAUGCGACAGUGAGUGUUCAGAACAUGGUACAGUUCAUAAUGGCACAUGCCAGUGUGAUGUCGGAUGGAGAGGUGCUUUAUGUGGUAUCUUGGGAUGCCCAGGAAUUAAUGAAGAUUGUUCGGGUCACGGGAGUUGUAAUGGGGCUAUCCAAAAGUGUACUUGUUACAAUGGCUGGUCAGGAGAGGGUUGUGAAUUACCAGACUGUCCUGGGGCCCCAAACUGUUUUAAUCGUGGUUACUGUAACAGUUCUGUGAGUCCGCCGAUUUGUCAGAAUUGCAUAGCAGGUUGGAUGGGACCAGCUUGUAAUGAUCCAUGCGUCCACGGUGUUCAACAGCCAAUGGAUAGCGGUAAUUGUACAUGUGAUCCAGGCUGGGCUGGUAUUGGUUGUGACAGUGAAUGUUCUGGUCAUGGGAAAGUUCAACAUGGAGUAUGCAGGUGCGAUGUAGCGUGGUGGGGUACAUUAUGUGAUAAUCCAGGAUGUCCAGGUGUUGGUGAGGAUUGCAGUGGCCACGGAGAGUGCAACAGCGCGCUACACGAGUGUACAUGUGAAAGUGGGUGGACUGGAGAUGGAUGCGAGAUCCCUGAUUGUCCUGGAAAUCCCGACUGUCUAAACAAAGGUUUCUGUAAUGCGACGUUCAACCCACCUCGAUGUACGAAUUGCAGCCUCGGAUGGAUGGGGGCUGACUGUGGAUAUCCGUGUAAACAUGGAAGACAAAUACCAAUGGACAGCGGAAGAUGCAAAUGUGAUGCUUGUUAUGUUGGUCUUGGCUGUAAUCAGGAAUGUUCAGGUCAAGGAAAAUGUCAAAAUGGUUCUUGUGUUUGUGAUGAACUCAGUGGAUGGCGAGGGUCUCUGUGUGAAGUACCAGGUUGUCCAGGAAUCAAAGAGGAUUGUAGUGGACAUGGUAGCUGCAAUAGCGCUGAAAAAACAUGUAUUUGUGAUCCAGGAUGGACAGGUAUUGGAUGUCACGUCCCAGACUGUCCUGGGACUCCAAACUGCUUCGGUCGUGGUUUCUGUAACGGUACUGAUCGUGAAACACCGGAGUGCACCGACUGUUCAAUUGGAUGGAUGGGACCAGCAUGCAAUGAUCCUUGCUUACACGGACAUCCUGUGGACAACGUCUGUGAGUGCGAUCUAUGUUACACAGGCAAUGGCUGUCAACUCGAAUGCUCUGGUCGUGGAGAUUGUAUCAAUGGAUCAUGUUUAUGCCAUUCUAAUAACGAAGUUGGUUGGCAGGGGAUUAACUGUGAACUUGAUGGAUGCCCAGGGGUUGAUGGGAGCUGCAACGGGAAUGGUCUGUGUAAUACUAACACCCGAGAGUGCGAGUGUGAUCCGCUGUGGACUGGGCCUGACUGUGGUACAGCGAAUUGUGCGGGCAGCCCACCUUGCUCAGAUCGUGGUAGUUGUGAUGCAGCCUCGCUCCCACGUCGGUGUAAUUGCGAAAAGGACUGGGCGGGAGAGGCUUGUGACGUACCUUGUCUCCACGGAAUGAACUAUGGAAAUGCUUCAGGAUGCUUAUGUAAUGCAUGUUAUCAUGGGAUAGGAUGUAACGUGUUAUGUUCUGGGCAUGGUCGUUGUGAACAUGGAAAAUGUGUUUGUAAUGCAAGUCUUGGAUAUAAAGGGGUAUUCUGUGAUGAACCGGGAUGUCCUGGUUGGCCAGAGGAUUGUAGUGGCCAUGGUACAUGUAACCUAGCGACGAAAACAUGUUCAUGUGAUCCAGGAUGGCUUGGACCAUCAUGCAGCUGGACUGACUGUCCUGGUACUCCGGAUUGUAAUGACCGCGGAACCUGUGUACUUCCAGGAGAAAACAGUUUGAGUACUCAAGGUGCAUGCAACUGUUCUAAAGGUUGGACGGGCGACGCUUGUCAACAACGAUGUAUCCAUGGUAACCCAACUGAUAACUAUCUUUGUGAAUGUGAACCUUGUUACAAUGGUCUUGAUUGUUCAACGCUCUGCUCUAACAAGAGCAGUCUAUGUGUUGAAGGCGAAUGUGAUUGCGGAUUUGAAGGAUGGAGAGGAGAGUUUUGUGACCGAAGAGGAUGUCCAGGAAUUGAGAAGGAUUGCUCGGGUCAUGGCACCUGUUUUGCAGACACACAGACUUGUGUAUGUGAUUCUGGAUGGACAGGUGUCGGAUGUCAAAACUCUGACUGUCCAGGCGACCCAGACUGCAACGGAAGAGGUCGAUGUGUAGUUGAUAAUACCGCUGGUCCAAUAUGCGUCGACUGUAAACAGGGUUGGAUAGGUCCUGCUUGCGAGAUACGUUGUGAGCAUGGCUCCGCCACAGAAGAAAACCCAGAUGUGUGUGUAUGUGACUCGUGUUAUGCUGGUUUUAAUUGCGAUAAGUUGUGCUCAGGUCGCGUUAAUGCUACAUGUGUGGAAAACAAGUGUAUUUGUGGUUGAAGGAUGGAGAGGGAACUUUGCGAUGUACCAGGUUGUCCUGGAUUAAACAACAUUGAUUGCUCUGGUCACGGGACCUGUUUCAGUGUGCAACAAGUUUGCGAAUGUAACAAUGGAUGGAUAGGUU